GCCCCUGGCUGGAAUUCUUCAAGAAACCGUUAAAAGGUGGCGGCAGCUCUACAACGUCCGCCUCGAGCAGGAGGCGUUCGAACCCGAGGCCAAGAAGGUCUCGGAGGAUGUCUUGGUAAAAAUGAAGGAACAGAUGGAAAACCUCGAUGUGACAGCCAAGACGAUCAUGGAUGACUGGAAGACGUGGCGAAAAGACCGACUCGAAAUCAAGCAGUGGAGAUAUAAAUCCGGUGGUGGUGGAAGCUUCGUCUACUACUACCAGGAGAGGUUUAAGGAGCACGUUAAGGAACGCCACAUGCAGCAAAUGUUCAUCGAAGAGUUCGUCCCGAUGAUCUCCACUUAUCCUUACAUCCGUCGGUUGAUCCCCGGAGAAGAGACCAGCAAAUUGAUACCUGAUCCACUGCCGGUGUUCAUUCAGCUGCCAACGUUGUCUGGAUGGCUUACUGGCAACGACCAGAUGGACUUGAAACAGGACCGUCGACAGAAGUGGGUCUAUGCAAGCAAAAAAACCAGGGAUCACGGCCCUAUUCACUCGAUCGCCGGGCGCCGCGGGGAUAACAUCGACCAGCUGAACUUCGUCGGUCGAGGCUUCGUCCCCCUGCCGGAGCACAACACCGGCGGAGAAGAGAUGCCAGAGAAAUACUUCCAGGGGAAGAUUUGCGGACUGGACGUGGGAUACUGGAAGGACUGGAUGCAUCGCUUCACGGUUUUCAAUGUCAAGAACGCUUCUGAUAGCUGGAAACUGGGCUUCUUUAAGGGUUUAGGGUUUCGGGUUCCAUUGACCGGUUCCUGCUGUAAGGUUUCUACAGGGAUUCAGGGUUGA